CUGGUAUUCACUUUUGUCACUUCUCCGUUUGGCUUUUGGCGACGGCGCAAGAGCCCGCCCGCCGCCUUUCUAAAGACUAGACUUUUUGUUCCGUUGCCCGAAAGAACUUCGACAACUUCACUCGAGUCUGCUGCAUGAGUGCGCCUUCACCAGUCCCCCGUAACGCGCCUUCUCCCUCCCUCGCGCAGACCUCGUAAUGUCGUCGCAGGCAAUCGCGACGUCUGCAAGAGGUCUGCCCGACUUUCCAUCGCCCUCAAUAGACCUGCAUAACUUUCAAGAGCCAACAUGGUCCGACCACUCGAAUCCUCACAACAACGACUCGAAAGAUGAAGCAGAACAAAUAGAAUCAGACCAAGAAGGUCAUUCCUGGGUCGAGAUGGAUGCGCAACAACGCAAUCAGGCCGUGGGCAACCUGUUGGCCGCUCUGGCGCCCCUAAGUCCGACCCUAAACGCAAAGACUCCAAACGUGAAGACGGAACAGCAAGAGCCGCCUACAAACGCAGGUGAAGACAGAAUGGAAGUCACAGAUGACGCACCGGUCCAAUCCGCCUCAAACGAGCCAUAUUCGAUCCUUCACCAAGCAGACACGAACCAUAAUAUGUCGCUUCCUCCACUGCCCCCACUACCUACGGACGACUUCAUGACCGACGUAGCUCCCGAGCCCUUCUCUUCCGCCAUUCCUAGCGAUCUUCUCGAAGCAUCACAGACGACUCUGAUCGGCGAAGCACCCAUGGCUAUGGACUAUCAGGAGUCGCAACUACCCCUUGCAUCGCAGGAUGUGCCGAACGAAAGAAGAGAAAUCGAGGCCUUUGCAAAGAUUGAAUUCGAGGAUGGAAACUAUUACAUCACCACAUAUGCAUGCGAAUUGGGUCGCGAUGCCUUUGCGUACAAGGCAGCACUUGCCAGAGCUGAAGAGGCCGCCCAGGCUGAACGCGAUCGUGCUCAAAGUUCUAGCGGGAGGCGGUCGGGCUUGUCUGAAGGUAUGCCUCGGCCGGGUGACAGUCAAGUGCAAGGCAGUGUUGUCAGUGAGGCUGGAGGCUUUGGAGGCGUUGACGAUGCACCCAUGGUACAGGAUGGGCAGCGUGCUGAUGGUCAUGUCCUCGGUUCGAACUCGUCCGAAAGAUCUGGCGGUAGCAUCGUCAAACCACAAGAAGUGCUUAUCAACCCUCCGCUUAUCCCGUUCGAUUACCAUAAGAUGGCUGAACGGCAAGCGCAACAUGAACAAGAAAACCUCCUAGAACAGGACACCGAACAGCCAGCUCCUGUUACUGCAGAUCAUAUCCCAGACGCUGACAACUGCCCACUCAUUCCCAUCCACGCAAUGCGCACCGCCGAAAAGUCAGAAGUUGAGAACCACAAGAGCAUAUCGCGUCGACACGUGAAGAUAGAGUGGGACUUUAAGGAGGAAUACUUCCAGAUGAGAAUCCUAGGCCGGAAUGGUGCCUUCUUGGAUGACGAAUACCUGACUCGUGGAUCCGUCCGACGGCUACGUGACGGCUCCAAAAUUCAGAUCUCUGACGUCUGGAUGACUUUUCGGCUUCCAGGUCGAAACGCCGAACCUCCAAGCGACGAGUCAGAGCGUGAGGAGUUUGAGCUAACUCCUCCGCCCCAGGAAAGCCUCUCACCAAUCUCGAAUGAUGAGGAACAAAGUCUCUCCCCUUCACGCAGCGGCAAGACUAGGACUAAGGUCACAUUGACGUUCACCCAGAAACCGUCACCUACCGUGCCAGAUGGACCAGAUGGACCAGAUGGCCAGUCUAUGCCACUGAAAAAGCGUGGGCCAGGCCGUCCGCCCAAGGAUGGAAUUAUGUCUACAAGGGAGCGGAAAGAAAGAGAGAAGGCACAAAAAUUGGCCGAAGCCAAAGCUGCCAAUGGAGGAAGGACGCCGCCACCUGGCUUGAUGCGAGGCAAAUUUCCCAAGCCGCCCGUCAUCAAGGAAGAAGAACCAGUUCUGGUCGAGUCGAAACCGGAGAAGAGGAAGUACAAGAAGAGAAGACGUGAGGACGGCGAAGUCUUGCAAUCGAUCGAAGGCAGCGGCGAAGUCGACGUCCCAAGCGAGCCCGAGAAUGCGCCACCCUCGAAGAAGGCUAGACAGUCGAAGUCGCCGUCACCAGAAUAUCCGCCUGUAGAAAGUCUGACGGAAGAACAACUUGCUCGACCGUCAGAACCCUAUGCGCGCCUCAUCUACGACAUCUUAAUUGACAUACAUCCAGAGGCGCUGCCUCUGAAACAGAUUUACCGGGCUUUGAAGCUCAAGUUUCCCUUCUUCGUCCACAGGGUCGAUUCAGAAGGCUGGCAAAGCAGUGUACGGCACAAUCUGAAUCAAGAAUAUGAAAAAUUAUUCGACAAAGCCAAAAAGGAGGGUAAAGGUUUCUUCUGGAAGGCCAUUCCUGGGGCUCUCCAGCCGCAAGCAGAACGUAGAAGAGCGGCGCAACAAGCCGCAGCUGCAAAGCCGAAACCACCUCCAGCGCCGCGCCAGAAUCCGCAACAGGGACCGCCGCCACCACUCAACUGGCAGAACAGCACUCCUUACCCGCAGCAAAACGGUAUGCCGCCCAGAGGUCCCCCACCACCGUUCUUUGUUCAAGGUCCAAACGGUCCAAUGCCACCGCCACCGAACGGAAUGCCAUGGCCUCCACCAGGAGCAUCAGCGUCGCCGGGUCCAAAUGGACGACCUCCGCAGGUGCCGCCUGGUCAAAAGGGUCAGCCAUUCUAUCCACCUCCUCAAGCCGGACAAUUGCCAUUCUCUUCACCACAACCUCCGCUUGCCGGUGCUGGUCAGCAGGCGCCUGGGAAACCAGGAGUCUCUCAAUCAACGUCCGGAGGCGCACUCCCAGGCCCUCCUCCUCCGCCUCCUAUCACCUCUUCCGCGUCACGAAACAUGCCUUGCACUACGGACGGUCUAUUAGCAAUCCGAAGAUUUGAGACUGCCAUGUAUGAGCAGGUUGGCAACUCGAGCAAAAUCGAGGAAUGGCAACAAGUCUUUGCAUCGGUCAAACGACGCUUGCUCCAUGGUGCUCCACAUUCCUUGCAACCGGGAGGCGAAAAUCGGGAAGAGCUUACAAUCAUGGCACAUGUGCGCAACUUCAUCGAGCGGUUCAAAAAUCCGAACUUUGUCGGGUUUUCGAAUACUGGUUCACCUGCUCCCUCAAAUGCGGCCAAUACUGCGAAUGGCCCUGGUGCAUCAGGUGCUCCAAUGGCGGCUACCAUGCCGACGCCCGGACAAGAAACUUCUACACCACAACCUCCGCCUCAGUCUACACCAGCAGAAACUCCUUCAGCUCCAGCCAAUGCCCCAACGAAAAUGGAAGGUGUGCAGGCUGUUGAAGAGCCAGCAAAAGCGGCAGAGCUACCAAAUCAGCCUGCUACACCAGCUGAUGACAAGAUGGACGUCGAUACUAAACCCGCUGUCUAAGGCAGUGCUUCCGCUUAGUGGUUGAUGUGUUGAUGGCCUCCUGUUGUGGUAUACCUGCAUCAGUUGAAAGACGCCUUUGGACGAGCGCCCAAAGGGGUGUUCAGGCUUGACUAUAGUGCGAGCUGAAGUGUGCUUUUUUGACCAGCGUUAUCUUUAUGAGGAGUAUUGAUAGGGAUUUAAUGAAUAUGAUACCAGCGGCGUUCAGGCAUCCGAUAGUUGUGGGCUUAUGGUCAUGACGGGACGAUGGACAUCCGUGGCAAGGAUAGUUCUUCAGGCGAGUAUAUAGCGCAUGUAUCGUGUAAAGAACCCUGUCACGAACGCAAUGUCCUAUGUCUGCGAGUAAGUGGUUUUCG